AUGGGAGUUGAAUAUAUUGAAUUCAGCCAUGCGAAGGAUGGCCUGGAGUCGCAACUUUGCAACUGUGCUAGUUCUCAGAACCUGGUCGAGGUUGCUAGUGCAGAGCACCUGCGCCACAAUGCCACGGCGAACCUGGCCGCGGAAUGGAAACCCGGUGUUAAAGAAUGGCUUGUCCUGACCUGCGUGUCUUUAUUGUUGACAAUGGAUGCGUUCAACGCGACCGUACUGCUUCCUAUGAUAACACCACUUGGAAGCACGCUAUGGAUUGAGGCAUCAUAUAUUCUGGCUAGUGCGGCAAGUCAGCCAUUCUCUGCCAUGCUCGCAGCCAUUUUCGGGGUAGGGCCUAUUGCCCUUGGAGCCGCUGUGCUCGCUACAGUGGGAACGGGGGUCUGUAGUGGUUCGAUGAGCCUAGCUUGUCUAGUUCCAGGGCGGUUUGUUCAAGGCGUAGGCUGUGGAGGAGCAAUCACGACCUCCCUAUUGAUGAUAGAUGAAGUCAUCCCAUGUCCCCACCAGGCCCGAUUUACUGGUUAUGCCUUGCAGGCUCGAGCGGUCGGGGCUAUUGUUGGCCUUAUCUUCGGUGGAGUGCUUGUCAACCAUGCUGUCUGGACCUUUUAUACCAGUUUCGUCUUCUGCGCACUGGGGCUCUUGGUCAUUCCGUUCGCAGUUGAGUUGCGGACCUACAAGCGUAUCGCAAAGUGCAAGGUGUGCGAGCUUGAUUGGCAAGGUGCCGUGUUGACCUUUAUGGGAAUGGGUUGCCUUCUCAUAGGUAUCAACUGGGGCGGGAUACUAUAUGAGUGGAGUAACUGGCACGUACUGGUAGUUCUUGGUGCUGGGGCAGCCUCGAUCAUCGUCUUAGUCCUGUACGAGAGUCUGUGGUCCAUCCACCCGCUUUUCUCUUCGGCAGUAUUCAGCGACAUCGCAAGGUCUAUGUUGUACCUAGGUAGCUUGCUGCACGGAUUUUUGUUAUCCUGCCAUCUCGUCAACUGUGCCUUGUAUCUAAGACUGGUUCAAGACUUAUCGUCUGCAUUCGAAGGGCUCAGCCUCCUCACCGUCGUCAGUCCAGCAUUAUUAGCACUUAUUCUGACAGAAAAGGUGAGACUGUUGCGAGGCCCGAGCGCCUUUCCCUGGAUGGUCCGGAUCGGAUGGUUUUGCAGCGUCCUCGCGACAGGCUUCUUCAUUAUCCUAGACGUCAGCACUCCACCUCAAGCAUGGGUUUUUAUCUUGCUUGGUGGAGGCAUGGGUCACUCCUUGCUUAUAUCCGGGUACCAUCGAGGCGUCCACUAUAUACACCAGCCAAGCAGAGAUAAUGAGCACUACCCAGCAUCAGGCAUCCUCAUGUAUUCUCUUCUGCGGACAUGGGGGAUGUGUAUUGCUGUCCCUGUGAGCGGAGCGAUCAUCUUGAAUCGAAUGUUUAGGGAGGAGGGUACAGAGGAAAGCAUGAAUUUUGAUGUUCAAGCAGGCGGAUCCUCUUUAUCGCAGCAGGGCAGAUCUCAGAAACUGAUGCUUGUAGAUGGGUUUCAUAUGCUAUGGCGUGUUAUGGUCGGAGCUUCUGCUUUAGGGGGCAUUAGCUCGCUGUUUGUGAAAUGA